CGCCUGGCGGGGCGCUGGAAAGGGCAGUCCCAGUCUAGCGCUGACGUCACCCUGUCUGUCUGCCUCAGACGCCCCUUUCCAUAGGAAACUGAAUCUCCUUGGACUUGAAUGAGGAGGAGCGAAGGGGGCGGGGCGGGGGGAGCCGCUAGGAGCCUGCCUGGGCAGGAGCGAGAGAGAAACAAAGUAGCAAGUCUGUUUCACCCAGCCCUGAGCAAACUUCCCGGGCUGGCGGGGGGAGGGGAGGGAAGCCAGCAGCGCCCGGCUCGGGUCUCCUUCUCUUUCCGUCCCGUCGGGGGGCUGCCUUAGGAGUGGUUCGCCGUUUCCCUCUCCCCCCGCGCCCCAGGAGGAGCCCGGCUUUAUGUGGUGCUGCCCGGAGAGCUCGGCUGACUUUCCGUUCUUCGCUCUCCCCUUUUUUUAAAUGUAUCACUUGAUGGGUGUGAACAGCACAGCCGCAGCCACACAGCCCAAUGUCUCCUGCACAUGCAACUGCAAAAGGUCUUUGUUCCAGACUAUGGAGAUCACGGAGUUGGAGUUCGUACAGAUAAUCAUAAUCGUGGUGGUGAUGAUGGUGAUGGUGGUCGUUAUCACAUGUCUGCUGAACCACUACAAACUCUCUGCACGAUCCUUCAUCAACCGGCACAGUCAAGGGAGAAGGAGAGAUGAGAAUCUAUCUUCAGAAGGAAGUCUGUGGCCUUCAGAAAGCACAGUGUCAGGAAAUGGAGUAACAGAGCAGCAAAUCUACACUCCAAGACCCACAGACAGACUAUCAGUUCCAUCCUUUUUGCAGAGGGACCGUUUUAAUAGAUUCCAGCCAACAUACCCCUACAUGCAACACGAGAUUGACCUCCCACCCACAAUCUCCCUAUCAGAUGGAGAGGAGCCACCCCCUUAUCAGGGACCCUGCACACUACAACUCCGAGAUCCAGAGCAGCAAAUGGAACUAAACAGAGAAUCGGUCCGGGCCCCUCCCAAUAGAACCAUCUUCGAUAGUGACUUGAUAGAUAACUCAGUAUUCGGAGGGCCUUGCCCCCCCAGCAGUAACUCUGGCAUCAGCGCGACCUGCUAUGGAAGCAAUGGUAGAAUGGAAGGACCGCCGCCGACCUACAGUGAGGUGAUAGGUCACUAUCCAGGAUCUACGUUUUUCCAGCACCAGCAGAACAACAAUGGCAUGCCCUCGAUACUGGAGGGCACUAGACUCCACCAUUCGCAAAUCAAUGGCCUUGAGAGCACAACCGCGUGGAACAAAGAUAAAGAGAAACAAAAAGGGCACCCCUUUUAAAAAAAAACAAAAAAAAUCAAACACGAAAGUAAGAACACUCUGCACUUCUCAUUAAAAGAAAAAAAAGAAAGAGUUGGGGAAGACGAGCAAAAAAUAAGAAGCCCUUUCCCACCACUCUGUGUAUAAUAUUUACUUGUUAUGUCUGGUCUGAAUGCACAAGCCAAGAAAGCUUGCAAAAACAUUUCUUUAUUGAGCUGCAUUAGAAGUUUAAAAAGGAAAAAAAAAAAAAAGAAUCAACCGUAGUCCUUCAUUUUUUGUUGUUGUUGUGGUCGUUGUUUCUAGUUGAGCUGUGUGUGGGGAUGCUUUUUUUUUAUUUCACUUAACUUUAAAAAAAAAUAUUUGCACAAAAACGUUUUGUUUAAAGAUCUGCAAUAUAUAUAUAAAUAUAUAUUAAAAAUAAGAGACACUGUAUGUGUGAGGAGCAGGCGUAUUUUUGUAUUAGAAGAGGCCUAGUUAAAAAAAAAAAAAGUUUUGUUGUUUUCUGAACUAGGAGAAAAAAAUGGCAAUGUUUUGAGUGCCAACUCAAAAAGUGUGUAUUACAUUGUAAAAAAAAAACAAAAAAAACAAAACAGAAAAAAUCAAAAGCAGGGGUUUAGAGUUAUUUAUAUAAAUGUUGAAAUUUUGCACUAUUUUUUAAUAUAAAUAUGUCAGUGCUUGUGUUGGUCAAAGCCUCUAUCAUGUCUACCACAGAACUGUUAAGGGAUACAUUUCAAAGUGAAGAACAAACGAGCUGGAAGGGGGUGGAAAAAUCCUAAAGUUAAAGUGACAGCCCUGGAAGGAACAUUGCAAGAGAGACUGCAUCUUAUGCAAAUCUUUCAUUUCCAUGGUCACCUGAGUGUUACCCAUACAAUACGCUCUGCUACUGGGUAGUUUAAUGAUAGUCACUGCUUUAUACAUUCCCUAUAGAACAAGAGGAGUUUGUGUGUUUGCAUGUAUGUUGCCAGUUAGGAUUUUUUGAAUUAAAUGAAAAAAGCUCUCAACACUUCUGUGAAUUAAAAACAACAGAAGCAAACAAAAAUUACCAUUUGGGGGGGGGGACACACAACCUCUAGUUUUUUUGAGGGGUAGGGCAGGGGUGGGGGAUAAGCUUCAGUCUGAAGGAAAACAAUGGGUUUUUUGUU